UCUUAGGACUAGCGCAUUUAAAAAUGUAAUGUAAUCUAGCACAUCCAUAAUUUGUCUAAAAAUGUCUAAAAAUGACAAUUAGAAGUCUCCUAUUUUAAUCUAUAGCUAGAGUGAGGGUAUUGACAUGACGAUGGACAACGGAGACUUCACUAAAACUCUCCCCACAUGGAGGGUCUUGGAGACAAAAUGUCAAAUGCAGGCAAUAGUAGAAGCUCAAGUCCAGCAUCUGGAGUUCUUAGUGCUGAGGGAAAUCAACCCAGUGGAUUACGUGCAGAGCUACCUGAUCUCAUCCGACCGUACACUCCUACUCUCUGAGAACGAUGCCAUAAAAUUGGAGCUCAGAAAUGCCAAGAGUCGACAUGAGACUGUGAUCAAGAGCCUCCACCUGUCCCUCCAUUCUGCUGAGCAGGAGAACAAGAGCUCCAAGCUCACAUUCCAGCAGAACCUCUGUCUGAGGACAAGGUACACUCCAUGGAGCAGAAACUCAAGGAGUUUGAGGGACAGGUCCUGUCUUUGCAGCACAAUCUCAUGGGCUCCAAUGAGAGAACUCAGUGUGCAGAAAAUCCUAUGGGUCUCCGACAAGAGGCUCCAGUCCCUUCAGCAAGACCUGGAGGAGUCUGAGAAGAGAGGCCAAAGUCUGCAGAAAAUCCUUGGGGACUCCCAAGAGAGGACCCAGUCUCUGCAACAGAACCUGGCUUCCUUUGAGAAGAACAUCCAGACCCUCAGCUAGAACCUUAGCGCUUCAGAAAAGAAGGUUGAGUUCCUUCAGCACAAUAACUGGAAGUCUGAGGAAAAGGUCUCUCUCCUA